AUGGCCCUGCAAGGAGGUGGUGCGUCUGCGGCGUCAGCUCGCUCGCAGAUACAGAGUCGAUCGCAGAGCUCGUCCAACUGGCGCCAAAAGGAAGCAUCACCACCACCAGCUGUGAAAGACGACUCGACGUCCGUUGAUCGGUCAAGAUGGAAGAAUACUGGUCUUGGUGGCCGCCAUCGAGACGUCGAACAGGGGAAUAUCCGUGGCUUUCAUGGCUGGGAUGUGGUUCCCGGUCAAGCGUCAAAGGCGCCUGGCUCUCGCUACCAUGAAUCACCCCCUACGGCAUCAUCGUCUUCACCUUACAGGCCGCCCGCUCACCCGGCCAUCAUCGAGAGGAGGAGGCUCUACAUCGGUAAUAUGCCGUACAUGGCCAAGAAGGAAGACGUUGUCGCGCUGUUCAACGACACAGGCGGCCAGCCCGAGGUCCCCUAUAAGAUAGAACGUAUUGAUAUCUCAAUUGAUCCCUUCACUGGCCGGAACCCGUCAUACUGCUUCGUUGACCUCGAGACUGCAGACCAGGCAGAGCGUGCCAUGACUCAAUUAAACGGUAAGCUUCUGCUCGGUCGUCCGGUAAGGGUCAAGCCAGGCGUCCCCAGGUCAGACCAGCAUCUACCGCUUGGCCGUCGUGAUCCGGACUCGACAGACCCCAAGAAACAAGACUUCGUAUACCCUCAGAAGUUUGCCUUUGAACGUUGGACCCGGGACGAUGCAUCAAGUCAUUGGUACGGCUACGCGGCCGGGGGACGGCGUCUGUUCGUAGGUGGCCUGCCGAGGAUGCGCGACCAGGCCACGGUCGACUAUGAGAUACGCAAGGUCUUUUACGGGUUUAACAUUAAAGUUAUAAUAUCUAACCGGGGCAAUCUCCCCCUUUCAGGAAGUCAAUAUUACUAUCUCUUCGUCGACCUGGAGUCUGCCGAAGAAGCUAACAAGGCGCUGAAAACCCUUGAUGGUGUCAGCGCCAUUUACGGCAACCGCCUGCACAUGAAGAAGGCGAGAGGUGAUUCUCGUAAGCCUUCCGAACGAGACCGCUGGCGAGAGAAGAAUGAGAAAAAGGAAGAGACCCAGAAGGAAGCUGAGCAGGCUCAUCUUCUCGACGCCCCUAUCGACGCUGAUGGAAUCCCCCAGUCACUUGUAUAA